UAAGACAAUUUUUAUUUACAUCUUCGUAUGUUUUUCUCACCAGGGAAUUAAAUCUCCCCCGUUCUUGGUGGCUUUCCCCAGGUGUUGCCACUGGAGAACAAGAUGAAAACACCCAGGGAGUUUGGUGGAUUAACUGGGGUGCUGAACACCGCUAUGAUGCUGGUAGUGUGCUUGUACGCCAGCGUUGGUUUCUUUGGUUACCUCCAGUAUGGCAGUACAGUUCAAGGCUCCAUCACUCUCAAUCUUCCUGCUAGCGACCCGCUUGCCCAGACGGUGAAGCUGCUGAUGGCCAUAGCUGUGUACAUGACGUACCCACUACAGAUGUACGUACCAGUGGAGAUACUGCUGCCAGCAGUCACCAGACACUUCCAUACUAAGUGUACCAAGACAAUAGCCGAAUAUGUCUUCAGGACCGCCAUGGUCCUGCUUACCUUCGUGUUUGCUGCCUCUGUCCCCAACAUCGGACUGUUUAUCUCGCUGAUCGGAGCUGUGAGCAGCUCAACACUGGCACUCGUCUUUCCUCCCAUCAUUGAACUCAUCACCUUCUGGCCUGACACAGGAAGGUGCCACUGGGUCCUCGUCAAGGAUGUGGUCAUCUGUGUGUUCGGUAUUCUUGGUUUCAUCACGGGCACCUUCACCAGCAUCUCUGCCAUCGUCCAGUAUUUUAUCAACGGCCAGAAGGAACCCUCUCUAGAGUGCUAGAAGCUCCCCUCUACAGUGCUAGUAGCACCCUCUAAAGUACUAGCAGAUCAAGAGUGUUAGCAGCCUGUAGCUUAGAAAAUGGGUCCAUAAUGAUAUUUCUUUGAUCUAAUAUAUUGGUAAUUUUUUCGUUAAUAUGUAAAAGAAAGCAUUUUGUUUUAUAUUAUUAUUUGGUUUAUAUAUUUAGCUAUGUAUGUAGGUAGGAUGAACAAGUGUUCUACAUACUGUGCUCCUUGGAAAGGGGUUUUGAUUGGUUACCCACACUGCAAACUACUUGCUCGCUUGUUUGAUUAUUGGCCAUGUGGUAAGCUGUAGAAGUCAUCCAGUGCUGUAUGUGGAGUGCUUGCUUCUCACUGCUGCUUCUCGAGGUAUUAUCUCCUCUGGGAGAACGUUUUCUUUUUCCCGUGUUAUUCAGACUGUUUUUCCCAGUGUAAGUUUCUGUUAGUGAGCCUGAACAUACAUUAAACUGCACAACUGUUUACAGAGUAUUAUUUAGUGUGAUUUCUGAAGUUCCCGAGGCUAUGUGUAGUGAAACACUGUACCUCUGGUCCCCAGUUAAACUCUUGACCUACCGUGAUCUGGCAUCUACGCACUGUCAUAGUAGAGGUUUGGAAAUUGCUUAACUAUGAUCCAGUAAUAAAGAUGUGGAGGAUUUACUGACGGUGCCCCAGUUAGUCCUUUUUUGGUCUCAGUGUUCCUUGUCUGACACUGCUGUUCACGACUGCUUCCUUAAUUAUUUCUGUUUGGUGAAUUGUUCGUUCUACUGUUUAAGCAAACUUUUUUUUGGGAGAGGGGGGGGCGAGGAAAUUGUCCAUCACAUUGUAAGUAGAGUAACUGAAGCUUACAUAUUUGUGAAGGUUUAGUCAGUCCUGUCAGACCCUAAUAAAGAAUUUGAAAAAGCUGGUUCUUCAUUAUGGAAAGAAACCAAAAAAAAAAAAACACAUGAUAAACAAUUUUAUAAUUCACGGAAUAAUAUAAGUCAAAUAUGAAAUUAAGCCUACUUUAAGAAAAAUGAAAUGUAUAAAUAAUUCGUGAUCCUAAGCUAAAUUUAUACACAGAUGUCGUGGGGUAUAGAAUGGUGUGCCGAUGUUCUGGACACAGAGCUUGAAUGUUUCUGAAACUCAAAGCCGUUGUUGAUGAUAAGGGGAAGGGGGUCACAGCUGGUCGUGAUUCGCAAAUGAAAGUCCACAACAGAAUAUAUAUACUGCCAAGAAGAGGUAGAGUGAUCCUUUAACCGCCUCCCCUUCUGUCGAGAAGAGUAAUUAUGCAGUCAAGAGACUAGGAAUGCUGGUGUAGUUAUAACUUUGAGAUGGUGUAUAGCUGAAUGGGCGGUCGGCUACAGAUGUGUGUGGGGGGGGGGGGGUAGGGGUUGGACCAGUGUAGGUAGAUAUGUAUAGCCACGUUUUGCUGAUGUUGCUAUCAAUGCUCCAUCAAAAGUAUCUCUGCAUGUGCCAGAUGAAUCUAGCUGACAAUCAAGGCUAGAAUUAAAACAACACACAGUCACACAUCACUCGAUAAAUCUCUCAGACAAUCGGCGUACGGCCUUUAAAAGAAAUGGUGAGAAUUAAAAAAAUAAUGUACUUGAAAAUUCAAAUCAAUGCAAGAAGAAAUAAAUCCAAAAUCCAAAAUAAGAGUGAAGCUCUUAAGAAAGAAUCCCAACAUGAAACAGGAACAGAACGAAUACUUACAGAUGCGGCUUCAUCAGUCUUAUACAAAGCAGGAAGGUACAAGGGAAGGAGGAGUUUGAAGCCAGUUUGGUAAAACGUUUCUCCAAAAACAAAUUCCCAUUUGUUGCAUAAGUGUCUCAGUUCUUCAACUUGUCGGUUUUCGAAACCAUUCAUGACAUCUGUCAGACACUGCAUCAUCAUGGGAUCUUGAUACAAACAAUUCUUCAACUUGUCGGUUUUCAAAACUACUCAUCACACACAGAUGCGUUGGGAGCUGCUAGUCAAGUGAUUUCACCACAGGUCUGAGAAGCUCAAGUCACCUCCCACCGGGUGUAAAAAAAAGGGGGGGGGGAGGGGUAGUGGGAGCUAGUCACCCAUCCUAUCUUAACAAGCAAACUGCCCAGCAAAUUACCACAACCAUACAUUCAUACUGUCACUACUCCUAUCUACUGAACUUUACCCUCACAAUAUUACACAUAUUGUGUACUUUUAAGUACCUUCUACUACAGUAAUGUACUAAUGGGUACAGAGUCUUACAGUAUUAUAAUGUUCACUAUAUUACCUAAAGUGUAAUAUACAAAUAUUAAGAUAUUUACCAAGAGUUGUAUAGGAGACUAUCUCUUUAAUUAUUAAGUUUGUGUUAACUGUAAAUAUUUCGACCCAGAAACCUUUUUAUUAUUAAAGUUUUCAAAUUUAA